UGUGUUGUGGCCAGAAUGUCGUUUGCAGAAUGGUUGAAUCUCAUCAGGACAGCAGAGAAAACCUCCAUGAUUGGGGGAAAUCAGAGAAAGAUUCACUACACCUUCCUGGACGGUCGUGAAAUGGUGGAGGAGUAUAGCCUGGAAACAGGAAUAAUACAAAAGCGAGCUUGGCGUAAGAAAAAGGAACUGCGAGGAGAACCUGACUGGGAGAUUGAACUGGGCGACUGUGUCAAGGACUUGAGACUCGGCGGAGAGUUUCUCCUUAAGGAAUCCAACACAGAGCCAAUCCUCACGAAACGAAUCACAAAGACAAACAUUGAGUGGAGAAUCAGGAAUUUACCCUAUCCUGUGGAAACUUAUUCAAUUUUGGCAGAUUGUGAGAAGAAUAGCAUCAUUGUGCGAACGAGCAACAAGAAAUACUUCAAAGUAAUACAAGUUCCCGAACUCCAGAGGUGCAAUUCUUCUCCGAAACAGGAAAAUAUUUCCUUCAAGCAUCAGCACAACACUCUAAUUAUUCAGUAUCAGAAACCCAAGAUUCUCUUGGACAUGGAGAAGGCAGUGUUGCUGGAGCUGAAAGACGUGGAGACAACUACAGAUCUCGAUGUGGAUUGCGAUGAACUUCUUCAACAGCUGAUGGGCAAAUAAAGACGAAUAGAAAGGCGUGACAAGUACAAUAAUUACUUUCUUUUAUUAAAGAGGCCCAUUGUGUAUUUUUCAACAAAAAUACAUCUCUCCUAUAAACAUCAGAU